AUGACUGAAUCCCCCCAGCGUAAGCGUGUGUGUGAAGACAAUGACUCUCAGUUUGCGUGUAACGAGUGCAAAAGAAGACGUCUGAAAUGUUCUCGUGACGUACCUACAUGUUCUUUAUGUCUAAAACAUCAUCGACAUUGUCUCUAUGAGAAGACGAAUAGAAGCCCAUUGACUAGGAAGCACCUUACACAGGUUGAAGAGGAGCUUCGAAUCAGCCGAAAGGUGAUUCAGCGGCACUUUCCAACGAUGGAUAUUUCACGAAUGGUACAAGAAAUCAAAAAUGGCUCGAAUAUAGAUGAGUUGAUAGAUCUGUUCACCACCACCCAAAGUUCACCAACUCAAAAAAACAGUUCACCAACUAAAAACAAUAUUAAAAACCUCUUGACGAUCGACGAUGGUUUGGAAGAUCUUCAGGUUCCUCAGCUAGUUCCUUCGAGUGUCACAGAAAAUGGUUCUCAUAAAUCAAGUACAGAUCUCUCACCAGUGUCUUACAAUUGGGACGAAAGAAAUCUCCCCCAUGGAAACCGUCAAGCGUCCAUAAUUGAUGGAAUAGCGACAAUGGACACCAACGGGUAUUUGGGCUCACCGUCAAGCGCAGCUCUUAUCAACUUGGUUGGUGGUGGAUUCUUUUUUCACAAGCCGCAUGGAGAUGGUGGAGAUGGAAAUCAUGUUAAUGAAGAGGUGUUGACAAAUAUUCCGAGGAACACAUUGGAGGGAUAUAUUAACCAGUAUUUCCAGACUUUCCAUGUUUCUUAUCCCAUUAUUUAUGAGCCUAUUUUCAUGGCUCAUUUCAAUGAGAUUAUAGUGCCUCCACAAGGAUGGGAAAGCUUGAUGUAUAUGGUUGCAGCCAUAGGAUCGUUCAUGUCUGGGGUUUCUCCGGAGCAAAAUGACGACUUGACUCUUUUUGAGUUGGCAAAAUCAAAACUUUCCAUGGAAAUAAUGGAGAGAGGAAAUCUUACUUUGGUUACUACCAUCACAUUAAUGUCCAAUUAUCUUCAAAAAAGAGAUAAACCAAAUUCUGGUUACAGCUACUUGGGGUUGGCGGUUCGAAUGGCAUUGGGUUUAGGCAUUCAUCGAGAAAUAGAUCGCCAUGGAGAGUCACUCUUGGAGAAGGAAAUGCGACGGCGGAUAUGGUGGUGCCUUUACAUUUUUGACUGUGGUCAAAAUAUCACUUUUGGAAGACCGCUCUGUAUUCCCUGUGCUGGCAUUGAUACCAGCCUUCCUAUGAAUAUUCCCGAUUCUUGCUUGACGGCUCUCACCAAGCAAAUGCCCGUUCCCGAAAAUGAACCUACAAUAUACACCAGUGUCCGGCUUCAGUCACUUCUACAUUUAUUGACGAAUGGAAUCUAUGAAAGGAUAAUUACCGAUCCGUUUCCUUCAGCAUCGCAGCUCUUGGCUCGGGACAAAAAGUACCUCGAGCGGUGGAAGAAACUAGUUCCUCCAUACUAUGACGAAAGUGCUUCAGUUGGAGACAAGUUCAAGUUGAGCAAAUGUGAGCUCGAAUGGAGGUUUCGCAACUUGCGAAUCUUAAUGUACCGAACGUUUUUGUUGAAGAGAGUGGUUAUUUCGAGUCAGGACUCUAGCGACCAGUAUGAGCGCCAAGCUGGAGAAAUCUGCUUGCAAGAAUGCUCAAAAGUGAUCAAAAGCAUGAACCAUUUCUGGUGCUCGAAGCCAGACCAUAAUCGUAUGGAGACUUGGUACACUCUAUGCUUUGUCGUUCCUGCUGCUCUCAUGCCAUUGGUUUGUUUGAGAAACAAUCCUUCUUCAGCAAAUGCCGACAGUUGGCGAAACGACGUGAUAACAGCCCAAAACAUCAUUGCUUCAUUGACUUCCAUCUGCCCUUCAGCAGCAAAACUUCUGGACCUUAUAUCGACGCUCGGCCAUGGCUACUUGUACACUCAACCAAACGCUACAUCUCCAGAACCAACAGCUACCGAUGAAAGUCCUACAUCUCAGCUUCUACAAUUACACAGCAUGCUUUGGCCUGUUUCGUUUGAUUUGGAACAACAAUUUAAUUUGACUUAA